AAACAUUUACGCAACAACCAUAAUGACGGUGUUGGCUGUACGAUCUCCUUUUUGUGCUCCCUCCACACCAUCUGCGUUGACAGUAUGAGCUCUGAUGGGCUCCUGACACCGUUGCCUGUUCCAGAUCCUGUUCCAGGUCACGGACAGAUAUUCUUCUCCGACUCGGAUACAUUGGCCAAGACCCUCAAGACCCUUCCCAGUUGUCAACGAUGCAAGAAGGGACGACGGAGAUGUGAUACGCUUUUGCCAGCCUGCAGCCGCUGCAGAAGAGCGGGAGUAGAGUGUUUGUUCUACGAUCAUAAUCUGGAACAGGUUCUGCCACGGAGCUAUGUCAAGUCGUUGAUUACAAGCCUUGCAAAAUUGAAGCAGAAGAAGGCGGCCACUUUGGCAGCUGCGCAGACAAUAUCCACUGCACGAAGGCCGUCCACAUCUACACCCGACGAACAGGUUGACUCUUUAGAAAACACCAGUCUUCAAACUCCUGGAAUUCCCCAGGUCGACUCAUCUAUCAUUCAGCAUGCUCUUCUCGGUGCACCGUCCUCUAUGCGGGAUGGUAGCCAUUUUCCAGUCGCUACGCCGCAAGGCCCUGACAUUCGUUACUACGGAGGAAGCUCCGUCUUCUCUCUCGCUGUUGCGACGUUAGCACGAGCCCGAAGCGAUCCGAGAUAUUCUUUCGCACCUUUGCGGGAGUCUGAAAUGUUGCAAACGGCACCGCCGGAGUUCCACGGCGGCUGCAAUUGUGUCAUCACGAAAGAAAUGGUCGAGAAAUCCGUCGACCUGUACAUGGUUUCUCUUCACCCAAUCUAUCCCUUCUUGAACGCUGCCGAUCUCUCCACAGAUCUUCAGGGGUACUGGGAGGUGCAGAGUAGCGGAGUAGACCCAGGCACGCUGCGAGGCAAGAUCGCACACCAAUACUUCCGCAUCAAGAUCAUUGCAGGAAUUGCAAGCGCCAGCCGCUCGAGAUACAACGCGAGCAGGAUUGCCUGCGACCACGGCUGUUACCUGGAAGCUGUCAAGUGCGUUGCUGAAGUCACCUCCGAAAUCUCGACAGACUCCCUCCGUGCUCUGAUGCUGCUGAUAAUCUACUGCCUCUUCCGUCCGCGCAAGGGCGACAUCUGGAAGUUACUAGACUAUGCAUGUCGCUUAUGUUUGGAGCUGGGUUAUCACAACGAACCUGCUCCAACCAUGUCCAUGGCAGAAAGCGAACAGCAAAGAAAUACCUUCUGGUCUUUGUAUGUGAUAGAGAGUAUGGUCGGUCAGCUAUUGGGAAGGUCGUCUGAUCUGCCCGAGGGAGUGAUCGCUGCUAAAUGGCCCUUAUCGGCCACCAUUUCUACCCAGGACAGCGAUCCGGAUGAUUUGGCCCUGCGAUGGCGUCAAGCUGGCCACCAGUAUCGGCUUGUCCACCUCCGUUCUGGGAUGUUCGCUGAAAUGUACUUGAACGACAAAGAUGACCUUCGUCACGAUCUCGCCUGGUAUCAGGAACGCCUAACGAAGAUCCUGGAUUGGUAUCUGCAAAGUCGAGACGACAUCUUGAAUCUUGCCGUCGGUUCGCUCACCUGUAACAUAUCGUUCCAUUCGACCAUUCUCUUUCUCUUUCAACCUCUGCUGGUCGAGGCAUUGCGGACCACCCGUGCAAACAGCCCAGCCUCUGCGACACCUGAAUCUGUGCAACCGCCUCCGACGCUUCCAGUCGAGAUCUACACUUCGGCUUGCAAGUUGAUUGAGAUAUAUGAGCAGAUCAUCACCUCACCUCGAAACUCCGACUACGGUAUUUAUCCUUUUACCUUUAUGUCCGCACACAACAUCUUCAUGGCUAGCAUCAUGAUAAUGGCCUAUUGCAUCCUGCGUCUGGAUGCGAGUGUCUCUUUCAUGCGACUGGUCGGCACUGCAUGUCCUGCCUACGAAGAGGCAACGGCUCAUAUCCACGUGGACAAUGUUCUACAGGUAUCCAACUCUUGUCUCAUCCUGCUCACAUUUUGCGCCGAGAAGUGGCCCGGUAUGAGUGGCAUGAGGGAGAUAUACAGACAGUUGUCGGACCAGGUGCUCAAAUCCAUGUUCAAGCUACGACCGGAUUGACAUACAGUGAUAACGAAAUUCGGACUUG